UUCACUUCAUUGUUAGAACUGAACCAAGAGCAUGGAUUCAGGAUUUGCUUCCUUGACCUACUAAAAGGGAAGACUUUAGAACAAUAUAAUGGCUCCUGAUGAAACCAAAAUCAUGAAUCCUGCCCAAAGAGUUGUCAGAAAGAUUAAAGCGGCAACACUAGUUUCCAGCUUAACGAGAGGUUGGCAGCAAUGGGCAUCAGAGCACUCAACAAAGCAAGCUCAAGAACCUUCAGGUUGGGCUCCGGGUGGAGAUGAAGAUGUUUCUGGAAAUCUCAAAUCAACCUUGGAAAAGAAAAGCAGCCCUACCAUUGUUAUUGAACCUAACAAAGUAGCCGACAAUCCAUCAGAAGAUAUUGACCAGACACAUAUAAAAACCAAAGCUGUGACCAAAAGUUUUUCAAGCAAAGCUCAAGAAAGAGGAACAGACAUUGGUUCAUUGACUGAGAAGUAUGAAAAAGAGCCCUGCACGCAAAUACACAGUAACUAUGAUGACUCGAGUGUGGACAAGUUACUGCAAGGUCAAGUAUCUCCAACUAGGAGAAGGAAAUGCUCCAAUCUGGUGUCGCAACUCACUAAAGGCUGGAAGCAAAUGGAAAACGAUGCCGAAGAACCACAGGAAGCUUCAAGGGUUUUACCAAAACUUUCUGAAUGUCGAAGUGAAAGUCUGGAAACUGAAGACAGUGGCUAUGGAGAAAAUGAGGGAGACACGAAGACAGACUUGGAAAAGAAGCUGGAUCUUACAGAAGAGAAUGACGAAGACACGGCCAGGAUUAAACGCUCCUCUAAUUCUCUGAGCAACAAGGCUAUAGGAGAACUUCAGAGCAUCAAUAAAGCCUACAAAAGAUAUAGCCCUGUGAAUAACAUCAAAGGGAAAUGGGAGAACUGGUCUGGGGAACAUGUUCUGACCCAGAAGCUGAAUCCUUUCAGUGAUGACUAUGACCAUAAAUUUGCAAUGUCCACACGAUUACAUAAGGGCGAUGAAGGCUAUGGACGCCCGAAGGAAGGAACCAAGACUGCUGAGAGGGGCAAGAGGGCAGAGGCACACAUACAUCGGGAGAUGAAAGACCUUUGUUUCGUCAUUUCAACAAUGGCCCAACCAGGCAAAUACGGAAAGGUCUGCGUCACCUUUGGAGAACUGUUUGAUAGAUAUGUACGGAUUUCAGAUAAAGUGGUCGGUAUCCUGCUGCGGGCUAGAAAACAUGGAAUGGUGGAUUUCCCAGGAGAAAUGUUGUGGCAGGGUAGAGAUGACCAUGUGAUAAUAACCUUAUUGUAGCCGGGUUAGGAUUCCAGAGUACCAUAAGUUUUCCAUUAGAUGGUUCUAUAUCUCAUUCUCAGACAUUACUAAUCAAGAGAUAAUAGUCUUCAUCAUGGUUGGUGCAACUCAAUCACCCACAGGGCACAAAUUCAUAUCUAUUUCAGAAAAAAAUUGCACAGACAAACUUUAACCUAUAUGAUAUAAAGGCACCUUGAUUAGACUUUAGAGGGGUUCUCCCAUUGCAACAACUUAUCCUCUAUACACAGAAUAAGGGAUAAGUGUCCGAUUGGUGGACCUCCAACUACUGGGGAAGCUUAUGACCACGAGAAAGCAGCCUGUGUUCCCCCAUUUCAACGGAGAAGCCUGUGUGGGGAAGUACAAGCCCCAUUCUCAGAACCAGCAAGGGCUCCAGCAGUCAGACCUCCAAUCAGACACGUGUUCCCUAACCUGUGGAUAGGGGAUACGUUGUUGUGAUGGGGUCACCUCUUUAAAGGGCUUGUCUAUAUGAUAUACUGUAUUGUACGGUGCUGUUUGUCAGCCACAAUGACUAAAAUUGGUAUGAGUUGCAGUACCAGGAUAGGGUGAAAAACUGUUAUUUUUUUUCCUUCCUGUUUCUUAACUGUUUUUUACUAGAGCAGGGGUGGCCAACCUGCGGCUCUCCAGCUGUUGUAAAAAUACAAUUCCCACCAUGUCCUGCUGUAGGCAGUCUGGUCAUG